AUGAAAGACACCUCAACAGACACCUUAUCGCUUCCGCACCUCGAAACAAUCGAUUGCCAAAGAAUGGGCCUUCCGGUCUGCACGAUAAUUUUUGGAUCGUUAUUCGUUAUUGGGUUGAUCGCAUGCUGUGGAGUGGUUUCUUAUGUGUUGCAACGACAUAAAGAGGAAACGGAAAAGCAUGUAGAGGAGAAAAAGGAUGGCUUGGCAGAAGCACUAGUAAGGCGGGAUCCAGAACCACCAAGGAGUCCGCUUGGGAAGAUCGAAAUUUCGGUAGACUACGAUGAAUUAGCC